AUGGGUAGGGUAAUUCGCAACCAGCGUAAGGGUCGCGGAUCCAUCUUCACGGCCAACACCCGCCUGAACAAGAACCCCGCCCAGUUCCGCACGCUCGACUACGCUGAGCGCAAUGGAUACAUCCGGGGUGUCGUAAAGGAGAUCGUCCACGACUCUGGUCGUGGCGCUCCUCUUGCCAGGGUUUCCUUCCGCAACCCAUACAAGUUCAAGCACGACACCGAGACCUUCAUCGCCAACGAGGGAAUGUACACCGGCCAGUUCAUCUACGCCGGAAAGAACGCUGCUCUCACCAUCGGCAACGUCCUUCCCCUCCACUCCGUCCCUGAAGGUACCGUCCUCACCAACGUCGAAGACAAGAACGGUGACCGUGGUGCGCUCGGCCGUACCUCCGGUAACUACGUUACUGUCAUUGGCCACAACCCCGAUGAGGGCAAGACCCGUGUCAAGCUCCCAUCCGGUGCCAAGAAGGUUCUUCCCAGCUCAUGCCGUGGUAUGGUCGGUAUCGUCGCUGGAGGUGGCCGUACAGACAAGCCUCUCAUGAAGGCGUCGCGCGCCAAGCACAAGUUCGCUGCCAAGCGCAACAGCUGGCCCAAGACUCGUGGUGUUGCCAUGAACCCCGUCGACCAUCCCCACGGUGGUGGUAACCACCAGCAUAUCGGUAAAGCCUCGACCAUCUCCCGAUACGCCACCCAGGGUCAAAAGGCCGGUCUCAUUGCCGCGCGGAGGACAGGUCUGCUCCGUGGUACUCAGAAGACAAAGGACUAG